AGAGUAUUUCAGAACACAGGCUAGCAUUUAGUCAUUGUGCAUGGAAGCUGCACUCAAACUUGUCUGUUGAAGUCCGCUCUAACUUUUUGACAACAGGGAUACAAUAUUUUUUUUCUCCCCUAAAGAUCCGAGGACCGCGAGUAACCUACAUUUUUAUACUCGCAGAAACUGUGCGUCGUGACCACAGGAUACUUUUACGCACAGUUGGCUAAACUCACAAGGACGAUGCCUCGGUCUUUCUUGGUCAAAAAGUACUUCGCUAAACAAAAGCCAAACUACAGUGAACUUGAAUGUCAGAAUGACACCUCACUGGAGAGGUUCCCUCUUGCUGAGCUCCAGUCAGGAUAUAACUCUGCCACCUGCUUCACAACAGGUCUGGUGUGGGAUCUGAGUGUCCUGCCUACCCUCUACUUGCCCACUUCCCAAACAGACCCAGCUACCGCUCCGGGCCCCCUGGACCUCAGCUCCCCGUCCAGCCUCAGCAGCAGCGCCAGCAGUUGCGGAGAGGAGGAUGAAGGACGCACAUCAGACCCCCCUAGUCCUGAACCCGUACACACAUAUGCCCCUCGCCAGCGGAUGAAAUGCACCGGGGUUAUGGCUCAUAUUAGCCCCCCUGAGGAAGAAGAAGAGAGAGAGACCCCAGUCACUGCAGCAAGGCCAGCCUUCCUCUGCAAACACUGCCCAAAAGAGUACACCAGCCUCGGGGCUCUGAAGAUGCACAUCCGCUCACACACCCUCCCCUGUGUGUGUACCACCUGUGGAAAGGCUUUUUCCCGGCCUUGGCUGCUGCGUGGCCACAUCCGCACACACACAGGUGAGCGUCCAUUCUCUUGCCCUCACUGCAACCGGGCCUUCGCUGAUCGCUCCAACCUGCGGGCCCAUUUGCAGACACAUGCCGAGGUGAAGAAGUACCAGUGUGGCAUCUGCUCACGCACCUUCAGCCGCAUGUCGUUGCUACAGAAGCACAGCUCCUCAGGGUGCUGCUCCACCACGGUGUGAAACACCACAGGAACGGACAAAGGGUAUCCACUCAAAGCUCAGGGCGGUGGUGGGCUAGUGGCCCAGGAGAUGGUGCCUACAAAAGCCCAGCUGGCCUGAAGAUGAUCUGUAAGGCCACAAAGAGCAAAUGGCUCUUUUUAAGAGACCUGGAAGGAAUCAAGCCUUAUUAUUGGAUCUGAAAUUACAAGCCUUUUAGCGUAUCUGCUUUGUGAUACAACAACUGAGGAGCAGAAUUCAUUCUUCCUAUCUAGAUAGAGGUCAUGAGGCUGGACCAAAGCUGAACAGAGCAAUGCAAACACUCACUUGAUAUCAGCCCCUUUGCUGCCGUUGUGCCCAUUCCAAAGAAAAAAUAUGUAGUGACCUCAUAGGGGUAAGAGGUGUUCUUUCCUGUCUCCGUCCUGGUGCCGGCUAGCUCAGGAUCAUGGCCUAGACACAGCUGCUGAGAGGUAGGGGUGCGUGGGUGGAAUAAAUCUCUCAGCAUGCCUUAAAACACACACACACACACACACACACACACACACACACACACACACACACUCAGUCACACACACGCACAAAAGCAAAUGCACACACA